AUGGCCAGCACCACUCAAUCAAACCUUACACUGAAGAGCAGAAACCACAGUAAACCAGGAAUCUUCGACAAGGAAGCGUGCGAUAUUUGUCGACAACAGAAGGCGAAUUGUGAUGGCGGGCAACCUUGCUCAAGAAGUCUCUCUUGCGGAGGCCACUACAACUACGACAACCGACCGCGAGACAAGCUUCAAGGCGGACUGCAAGAGCCAAGAGGCAUUGAGAAUCAACCUGGCGCUGCUCUGGAAGUCUCUGCGGCCCUAAGCCAAAAGCCCAACCAACCUUGCUUGGAUUACAGCGUUCAGUUUGAUACGGUCCACGGAGGCAUUGACAGCCGCAACAUCCUUUUGCCUUCAGAUGCUCUGAUAAUUGAACAAAACCUUAGUGGAGAAGAAAAACGGCUUAUGAUGCUACAUCAAAUACUACCGACCACCCCAGUGGAUACCAAGUUCAACCAAUCUAUCACUUCACCUUUCGAGCCUAUAGAAAGCGUCCACGACCAGGCAUCUGUCGCUUACCAGGCCCCUUCCUGGAGUGGAAUACAACCUUACGAUCCAAUGGCACGACGAUGCUCUACGACUCUAUUCGAUAUCCCGGUAUCGCCGAGGGAUAUGACUUACUACAACGAUACUAUCUCCAGCUCUAGUACUCCGCGGUCUAACAGUAUGGACGGAAACCCGAUAACUGGGAAUGUGAAUGCACUUCACGGAAACCUCUGCAGUACUCAAUCUACUAUCGAGUUUGGUCCAGUCGACUGGUGGACUUCAGAUAAUCUCCAACCUACAACGCCAUACUUCCCUCUAGACUCUGGCAUGGAUUCGGCUUUCUGGGACUAUUCUAAUGCACCCGUUUUGAUACAACCAAGCCUGCCCGUUGUCUAUUCACUUCCAUCCGCCACACAAUCUCCGAUCAGCAUGAACUCAUCCUACGGAUUUACACCACCUACGAGUGGAGAGACUACAGGUCGUCAUAGCUUCGCUUCUAGCGAAGUAAUGGACGGACGAGAGGUCGAUGAGGAGCGAGCACCUCCCCAAAAGAAGAGAAAGUCGAACAACGAUGUUGCCGAGAAAUUUCCACAAGCGCCUGGGAAGCCAGUCUUGCAGAGGCGCCACAGUACUAUCCCCGCCACACAGCCGCCGGCUCUCGGCCGUGAGCGCCAUAGGCGAGCAUCGGCCCGCAACUGGCAGAAGCAGAAGCAGCAGAGCGCCGACCUCGAGUCAGCCAAAGAUACUGCCGAGGCUCGCAAUCGUGAACUUCACCAAGAGCACUCGAAAAUUCUGAACCAGGUCAUGAACCUCAAGAACGCUCUUAUGGACCACGCCGAGUGCAACCACCCGGCUAUCAACGGGUGGCUCCGCUGCCAGGCGGCUAAUUAUGUUCUGACUAAGGGUGGAUCAGUCGACAUGGGAUGGAAGCGUGAGGUUGAAUCUGGUGCGGGACUCCAUGUGCUUGAAGGCAAUGGUGAAACACCUCACGAGGAAAAUCCUCAUAAUCUUGGUAAAUCAGACUUCUUGUGGGGUUCUUCAAUCUCUAGUUACUUAAUUGUUAGCCCUUUUGACCAUCUGAACAGUACUCUUGACGGCCCCGUAUCCGGUGAUCCUGAGUUUGAUCUUCAGAGAAGCCUCAUCCUGGUGAAUUGA